AUGGAUAUACCAAAAUUUCAAAGAAACAAAUUUUCCAUAAUUUUAGCAAAAAUUAUUUUUUUCUUUUUGGUUUUUUUUUUUUUUAUUUUUUCAUUUUUUUUUUUUUUUUUAUUUUUCAAAAACACAACAUUAAUAAUAAUGAACGAUAAUAAAAAUAUAGAUAAUGAAAAUAAGCAUGAAUAUUUAUUUUGGAAAGUUUUUAGAAAUCAAUUUAUAAAUUUUAAUAUAUGGAGUGUAUUAAAAAGAAGGGAAGUUCAAACAAAAAGAUAUAAAGAGAUUCAUCAAGUUGAAUGGAUAAGAAAGAGAUAUCCAAUGUUAUUAGUUGACAAGAUUAAAAGAAAUGAUUAUUUAACAUUUACAUUGAAUGAUAUUAAAGAAAUUCUUAGAGAUGAUAAUUUAAUAAUUAAAAAUGACGAGCAAUCAUUCAUUCAUCUAAGGGAUCAUUAUAAAAUUGAUCAAUUACUAAUUGAUUUUCAAAUGAAUGAUCCAUAUAAUACUUCUCAUCAAAUUUUAGAUAUAAUUCAAUUAUCAAUUGAAUCUAAUAAUUUAAUUAGUUUAAAGGUAUUUUCAAAACAACAACAACAACAACAACAACAACAACAACAACAACAACAACAACAACAACAACAACAACAGGAACAACAAGAACAAAAACAACAAAAACAAACAUCAUAUUUAAAUGAAGCAUUGUCAAAUAAUAAUUUUGAAAUUAUAGAUUAUGUUUAUAGAGUAAUUGGUGAAAAGAAAUAUAAUAGUGAAUUAAUUUAUCAAUAUUUAUUUGAAAAACCAAAUUUAAAAGUUAUUGAAUAUGCAAUCGAUGUUAUUGGUGUAGAAAUUCAACCAAAGAAAUUACCAAUUUGGAGUUUAUUCAGUUUACCAAUGAAUUUAAUUAAUAGAAUUUUUAAAAUUCAAUCAUCAACCAUGGUUGAUACAACACCUUGGAAUGAAAUUGUAAUUCAAAUUGAAAAACCAAUUUCAUCAUUUAAAAAUUUCUUUUAUAAUUUCUUUCAAGGUACUUUAGAUGAUUUAAUUAAUCAUUCAAUGAUUUUAUUAUUCAUUGAAAAAGUUUAUAGAAAGGAUCAACUAUUAAAUUCUUUAAAUUUAUUAAAUCUUUUAAAUGAACUAUCAAAUUUAAUAAAUCAAGCAAAACAACAACAACAACAACAACAACAACAACAACAACAACAACAACAACAACAACAACAACAACAACAACAACAACAACAACAAGAAAAAGAAGAAAAAAUAUUAUAUUAUAUUGAUGAUUCAGAUAUAAUAACAAAUCAAUUAUUAAAAUUAUAUGUAAAGAUAAUAUUAGAAAGAUGUUGGUGUGAUGAUUUUUAUUUUCUUCCAAGUGGAGAAAUUUUAGAAUCUUCAAACUACUCAUUGAUAGAAUACUCUGUUAGAUAUAGUGAUCCAACUAUAUUAGAAAGAAUUGAUCCAAAUAAUAAAUUCAUUCAAAAACUAAUGGAAAAAUCUUGUGAAUAUUGUAAUAGUACAAUGUUUCAAUGGGGUAUUAAUAAAUAUUCAAAAGCUAAAAAAUUCAAUUUCUACUUAAAGACAAGUGAUAAAAUAUUUAAAAAACAAUUAUUAAAACUAGACAAUAGUAAUGGUUUAAAUGAUGGAAUUAUAUCAUUUAUUGAUAAUAGUAUAAUUAAUAAUUUAGAAUUAAUAUCUGAAGGUUCAUUAUUUCAAACUUUAAUUAAUUUAGAUAAUUGGGAAAUUUUUAAUUAUAUUUAUAUGAAAUCAACCAACAACAACAACAACAACAACAAUAAUAAUAAUAAUAAUAAUAAUAAUAAUAAUAAUAAUAAUAAUAAUAAUAAUAAUAAUAAUAAUAAUAAUAAUAAUAAUAAUAAUAAUAAUAAUAAUAAUAAAUAUAUAAUUAAAUCAGUUACAACAAUGAAUAUAUUAAAAAGAAAUUAUAUAAAGAAAUUUUUUAGAUGUGAAAAAUGGGGUAAUCCAGAACAACUUUUAGGUAGAUCAAGAUUUGAUUUAGUUGAUUCUUUAGAUAAAUUUAAACAAUUGGAUGAAUAUAAAGCAAAUAUUGAUGCCAAUAAUAAAAUGAUUUUAAAUAGAUUUUAUCAGUGUGAUGCAGUGGAAUAUUUGAUUAGAAAUAAUUAUCAAUUCUCUAUCAGUGAUAUUUUAGUAGAUUUAGUUAACAAUUUUAAUUCUCAAUCAUCAUAUAGUUUAUCAUUAGCAAAGUUUAAACUUUUAUUAGAUUUAAGUGGAUCAAAUGAUGAGGCGUAUAUGGGAAGUAGUAAGAAUUUAUCGUAUGGUAGUGGUUUUGCUGCAAUUAUGAUCUAUGGUAAAGUACCAGCCGCAAUUUCAUUCAUUCAAGAAUAUAGAAGCUUUGAUAUCAAGAGUGGUAAAUUUAAAUAUAAUACAAAUCUAUUAGAGAUGAAGGUAGAUAAAGAUUUAUUAUUUCAUUUCCUUUUAACCUCUGGUAAAUAUUCCCAAUUAAUUGAAUAUGUAGCAAAGAUAAAUUCAAAUUCCAAUAUGAUCUCCUAUUUUGGUAAAAUUGGUAAAUCUGAUCAACUUUAUAAUAAUAACAGUAAUAGUAAUAAUAAUAAUAAUAAUAAUAGUAAUCAAAAUCAAAAUCAAAUUAAUAAUUUAAUGCCAACUGCAAUUAAUACAGAAAUUGAACCAAUUCCUUCCACUGAAAACAAUUUAUAUUCAAUUUUGGCUGGUUCAAUUAAAAAUGGUCAUUUAGAAGUUGUAAAAUUAUUUGAAAAAUAUCAACCAGAAUUAUUUAAAAAAGAUAGAUGGGACCAAUUCAUUUUAAAUUUUAAUCCAUUUUCAAAUCAUAAAUAUAAAUUUUUAGAAUGUUAUAUUAAUAGUAAAAUAAUAAAUAAAGAAAUGUAA